AAACCUCUCCCCGACUUCGGAGCUCGGAGAAAUCUCGCUCGGUCGCUCGGAGAAAUCUCGCUCGCUCGGUUGCUUAGCAAUCGAUCUUUUGGUUCCAGGGAUUUCAAUCAAAACUUGCAUGUUUAUUUCAGCAAAUGGCUAGGAAGAAAUCCCGUCCAAUUCGGUCUGGAGGGAUAAUAUCUGAUUUUGGUGCCCCAAACAGCAGUAAUUGUACAGCUGAGAUUUUAGAGAAUGACAAUGGUCUCAAAGAAGUAGAUGUAGAUAGCGGUCAAGAACUUCCUGACUCUAGGAAGCUGAUUUAUAUUGAUAUAGAUCAGAGUCAUUGGGCUUCUGAUGAACAUUUUGACAUGGCAGAGAUAUACCUGAUUGGUGUGAAAAUUUCUGAUGGAUUAAUUGAUUAUGGGUUGAUAGAGAAUAGCUUCAGAAAAUCUGAAUUUUCUCUUCGUUUCUGCUUGUGUGAUGUAGAGGAAGGUAGCUUUAGGUUAGGAAAUUGGCCUGUAUUACCGGCAGAGAGUAUUAUUCUAGAAUACCUGGUUUUAGAAAACCAUAGUUCAGAGGAAAGCAGAGAACGUACAGUGUGUUUAUCAGGCACAUUUGAUGGCCCAGAUGACAGCAUCUCUUGUCUUGUUCACUUGGUUAAUCUAAAAUUCUUGACACUAAGACUUGAUUUAGAAGUUGCAGAUUUGGGGAUUAUUCCAUCCUUAAGAUUUAGAAUACAAAUACUAAGACGUGCUUUUGAUGCAUGUGAGUCCUUGUUGGAAACUGUGAAGCAGCCAUGGAGAAGGAGUAUGAUGAAGGUUAUGUCUUGGCUACGCCCCGAAGUUACAACCUCAGAAGCCAUAUAUGGGUUAGAGGGGUCUUAUGUGCAGCUGAAUGCACCUGGUAGGUUUGGGUCACAGAAGCAUGCUCGCUUUGAUGCUGCUGGCUUUUAUGAAGCCAUUAAGCCUUCUAAGGAGGAGCAAAUGUUAGAAGAUGAACUUCCUGACUUGCUUCCUCGUCUAAGACCAUAUCAGUGUCGUGCUGCUUAUUGGAUGGUUCAACGAGAGAAGGGGAUUACAAGAUCUUCAGGCAAUAAUGUACAGAAUCAGCUGUCUGUUCCAUAUAGUGUGCCAGUCAUUUUUCUCGAUAAAAAUUCGAGAAUGUUCUACAAUCCAUUCAAUGGCAAUAUUUCAUUGCAUCCAGAGUCUGCACCAGCAUAUGUUUCUGGUGGGAUCCUAGCUGAUGAGAUGGGCUUGGGGAAAACUGUUGAGCUGCUGGCUUGCAUCUUCUCUCAUCGCAAGCCAUCCUUGGAAGAUGGCUAUAAAUCUGUUGAUGAUUCACAAGAUAUAAGUAGUCAGAUUAAAAGAAAGAAACGAGAGCGUGUGGAGUGUGUUUGUGGUGCUGCAAGUGAAAGUUCCAAGUACAAAGGUCUAUGGGUGCAGUGUGAUCUCUGUGAUGCUUGGCAGCAUGCAGAUUGUGUUGGUUACUCAUCUAACAAGAAACCUUUGGUUUCCCAUGAAGUUGACAUGAGAGAGGGCUCCGAAGAGGUUCCGUCGACUAAGUCAAAGUGUGGUAAAAAAAAGAAAGAUGCGAGCCUCAUAAUAGAAGCAGAUGGAAAUUAUGUGUGUUCACUCUGCUUGGAACUUACUGAAGCUGCUAAAAUUAACAGACAUACUGGCGCAACUCUCAUUGUAUGUCCAGCACCUAUAUUAGCACAAUGGCAUUCUGAAAUAAUUUGUCAUACAAGGUCUGGUUCGCUGAAAAUCUGCAUUUAUGAAGGUGCAAGAAAUUUAGAUUCUUUGGCUACUUUGACAAGAGAUGUAAGUGAACUAGCCACUGCUGACAUUGUCUUGACCACAUAUGAUGUGCUAAAGGAAGACUUAUCACAUGACUCUGAUAGGCAUGAUGGUGAUCGCCACUUUUUGAGGUUCCAAAAGAGGUAUCCUGUUGUUCCUACUUUACUUACAAGGAUACGUUGGUGGAGAUUAUGUCUCGAUGAGGCUCAAAUGGUGGAGUGCAAUAAAGCUUCUGUGACAGAGAUGGCAAUGCGAUUACAUGCUCAACAUCGUUGGUGCAUUACAGGAACUCCUAUACAGCGCGGGCUUGAUGACGUGUAUGGACUAUUACGUUUCCUCAGGGCUAGUCCAUUUGACAUCUAUAGAUGGUGGGUUGAAGUUAUUAGAGAUCCAUAUGAGAUGAGAGAUGUGGUUGCUAUGAAAUAUAUUCAUAAUUUUUUUAAGCAAAUCAUGUGGCGUUCAUCAAAAGUGCAUGUGUCAGACGAACUGCAUUUGCCCCCACAAGAGGAGUGUUUAUCCUGGCUCAUCUUCUCACCAAUUGAAGAGCAUUUCUAUCAGAAACAACAUGAAACUUGCGUGAGCCAUGCACAUGAAAUUAUCAAAAGUUUGAAAGAUGAUGUUCAUAGAAGAGAAUCUCUAUCUGGUCCUGAUGCUUCACGCAAUGGAUUUCUCUCACAUAAUGAAGUUGUAAAGCUUCUCUUCCCACUCUUAAAGCUUCGUCAGGCAUGUUGCCAUCCUCAAGUUGGGAGUUCUGGUAUCUGCUCUUUGCAACGAUCUCCUUUGACCAUGGAAGAGAUAUUAGAAGUCCUUAUUGGCAAAACCAAAAUUGAAGGAGAGGAAGCUCUAAGACAAAUUGUUAGUGCACUUAAUGGUCUAGCUGGUAUAGCUAUAAUUGAGCAGGAUUACAAACAGGCUGUGUCACUAUAUAAAGAAGCACUGGCUUUAACUGAUGAAAAUAGCAAUGAUUUCCGUUUGGACCCUUUACUGAAUCUUCACAUUCACCACAAUUUGGCUGAAUCACUUGCGAACACUUCCGAAUUUCUACAACAAUGUCCAUUAAUGGGAGCACAUUCCUUUGAAAAUAUUGAAGUGAAAAACAGAAAAGCAACUGGUGUGGUAGGCAAGUUUGAUAAGUACUAUGUGAAGAGAAGAAAAAUCAGCAAGGACAGCAAGUCAGUUGCAGCCACCCCAUCUUCUGAGCAAUAUAAGAAUCCAGAUGAUAUUUUUCCCCAUUUAACUGGUAAUGAUGGAGACACAGGUUUGGGAGUUGAUGGUCAAGUUUCAUGCAGAUGUUAUGCUGAUGAUUGCCUUAGAAGGGAAUGUGAAGAUAUUAAACAGAAUUACCUGUCUGUGUUCAACUCAAAGCUGUCUUUGGCUCAGCAAGAGUUUAAAGAUUCGUACAUGCAGGUUUGCAGUAUCUCUAACGAGUUCAAUAAUCAGAGCAUGACGUGGUGGUUGCAUGCCCUUGACCUUGUUGAGCAAAAUAAGGAUUCCUCAAAGGAACUACUCAGAAGGAUCGAUCAAUCGAGUGCUAGUAGCUCUGCAUCAUUAAGAGUAUCAAAAAAGUUUCAGAGCAUAGGUGGUCUGAAAUAUACCAUCCAGUGUGGUCUAGAUUCUUUGGAAGGUUCUAGGAAAGUAUUAAUUGACCAACUUAUCGAAAUUGACCAAACAAUGGAGAGGCCAAAGGAUGAUGAUAUUGAACGAGUGAGAUAUUGUCCAAACUGCAGUGGUGGGAAUGGUCUUUUAUGCACCCUCUGUGAACUAGAUGGCCUAUUUCAGGCAUAUGAGGCCAGGUUAUUUCUUGUAAGGAAAGCAAAUGAUGGUGCUGUUUUUGGGUCAUCUGAGGAAGUACUUGACUUGCAAAGGCAGAAAGUUGAGCUGAACAACUAUUUUCGUGACAAGGAAACAUCUACACAGCGGCAUACUAGAGAAGCAGUACAGUCUUUCAGAAGUCCAUCUUUCCUGGAGAUUACUCUUCGGGUCAUAAAAAGUUAUUCGAGGGCAUUGUUGGGAAAGCAGGAUAUGGAAUCUGCGAAAAAGCACUUACUUCUUUUUGAGGCUAUGCGAAAAGAAUUUUCUCAAGCCAGAUUGUUGUCAAUAGCUCAAGCUCAAGUAUUGCGUGCUUAUGAUGAAAUGAAAAUGUCUUUGCAACGAUUGCGCCUUAAGGAGACAGAGGAUGAGACUGCUGCUAUUAAUGUGCUGAGUACAGAAGAACUAAUUGCAGCCAGUAUGCAUAAUUCCAGUGACAAGUUUUUGGGUUUAUCCUUAUUGGCUCGCAUCAAGGGACAACUCCGCUAUUUGAAGGGUAUGAUGCUUUCUAAUAAGAAAACACAGCAUGAACAAGUUAAUUCAUUGCCCAAGCCUCAAGAUACAAAUAAUACGGCAGCUUCUUCGCUUGCAAGGGAAGAAAGCCUUUACAAAACUGAUGAUGAGCCUUGCCCUAUUUGUCAUGAGGGACUUGGCAAUCGAAAGAUGGUGUUUCAAUGUGGACAUGUUAUUUGCUGCAAAUGCUGUCUUGAAAUGACUGAACUGGCUGUUGUGCGUUCUGGAAAGUGUCCUCGGAAAUGGAUUAUGUGUCCCACAUGCCGUCAACGCACAGACAUUGAGAACAUUGCAUAUGUGGCUGAGAAACAAAAUACUGGUGAUGCUUUGAGAAUGUCAGAUGCUUGCCAAAUUGAGGAUGUGUCAGAAAGUUCUAUACUAGUUCAAGGCUCUUAUGGAACAAAGAUUGAAGCAGUCACAAGAAGAAUCUUGUGGAUAACAUCAAAAAACCAAGAGGCGAAGAUUCUUGUCUUCUCCAGCUGGAAUGAUGUUCUUGAUGUACUGGCACAUGCAUUGGCUGCAAACAAUAUCACAUAUAUUCGGAUGAAAGGAGGGAGGAAAUCGCAAGUUGCAAUUGCACAAUUUAAAGGACAGAAACACAGUUUGUGUGGAGCUGGAAAGAAGAAAAGGCAGCUCAUUGAACCAAAAUCCAUCCAAGUUCUUCUGAUGCUCAUCCAGCAUGGAGCCAAUGGUCUCAAUCUAUUGGAAGCCCAGCAUGUCAUUCUUGUGGAGCCACUGUUAAAUCCUGCAGCUGAAGCUCAAGCUAUCAGUCGGAUCCAUAGAGUAGGACAGGAGAAGAAGACAUUCAUUCAUCGCUUCCUAGUAAAAAACACCAUAGAAGAGAGCAUCUACAAAUUAAACAGGAGUAAGGCUGCAAAUUCCAUCAUUAGCGCUAAAGUUAAAAAAUAUGAAGAUGAACCUGUCCUGUCCCUCCAAGAUGUUGAGUCUCUAUUUCCUUUAAGGAGACCAGCUGAAAUUCCAGGACAGGGGGAUGAUGUAGAUGGAAGUUUGAGGCGUUUGCCUCCAGCUGUUGCUGCUGGUCUGGCUGCUGAGAGGAGACUGAUGGAGCAUCGUCAUUAGUUAUUUUAAUAGGGCCAUGCUUGUUGCUGCUGAUCUGGCUGCUGAGAGGAGAAUGAUGGUGCAUCACAAUAAGUUAUUAAAAUAGCACCAUAUUUGUUAGGUAUUCAGGAUGGUAACCGGCGAUAGGAGAAAGUUGGAUAAUUUAGAUUCAUCUAACUGGUUAUGUAAAGGAAAAGGUUGGGAAAUAAAGGAUAGCUUCAGAAAUGACAGCUUCCUUUUUAUUCCUCUCUGGAAGCCUGUAUGAUGUGAAUAUGGAAUAAUGGUAUAUUAAUUUGAUUGUACGGUUGUCUCGUUUCUCUCCUGUAAAUAUUCACAUAAUCUUCCUGUAGAACAGAAAAAGAGAAACUAUUCAAAAGGUAAUCAACUUCUCAGGUUCGGUCUUUUGCGG